AUGUCGGCCCAGGAAUUCGACUCGAAAUCAGUCUUACAGCUCGACUCGUGGCUCGAGCCGUUUCUGCCUGCUAUCGACCACAGGUACCAGACAUUCAAGAAAUGGCGGGAUGCCAUCCACCUCCACGAGGGUGGCUACGACGCGUUCACAAAGGGCUACCACAAACUCGGCCUCGUUCCCAACGACGCAGGCGAGGUUGUCUAUAGGGAGUGGGCCCCCAACGCGAUCGAGGCAUAUUUGAUUGGAGACUUCAAUGAUUGGAACAGGACCUCACACCCGUUGAAAAAGAACGAGUUUGGUGUCUGGGAGAUCACCAUCCCCCCCAAGUCACCCGGAGUAUGCGCGAUCCCCCACGAUUCAAAGAUCAAGAUUUCCAUGAUCCUCCCAUCUCGCGAGCGCAUCGAGCGUCUCCCUGCUUGGAUCAAACGCGUCACUCAAGAUCUUGCCGUCUCCCCCGUGUACGACGCUCGCUUUUGGAACCCGCCUGCGGAGGAGAAAUAUGUCUUCAAGAACAAAGCCCCCCCUCAACCUCAGAGCGUCAGGAUUUACGAGGCUCACGUCGGCAUCUCUUCCGCCGAACCGAGGGUCGCCACCUACAAGGAGUUUACUCAGAAUGUCCUGCCGAGAAUUCACUCUCUGGGAUACAACACCAUUCAGCUCAUGGCGGUCAUGGAACAUGCCUACUAUGCCUCGUUUGGGUACCAAGUCACCAGCCUGUUCGCAGCGAGCUCUCGCUUCGGAACUCCGGAAGAGCUGAAAGAACUCAUUGACGUCGCGCACGGCAUGGGCAUCACCGUCUUGCUCGACAUCGUCCACUCCCACGCAUGCAAGAACGUGCUCGAUGGGUUGAAUCUCUUCGACGGCACGGACCACCUCUACUUUCACGAGGGUAGCAAGGGCAGGCACGAGCUGUGGGACAGCCGUCUCUUCAACUACGGGUCACACGAGGUGCUCCGGUUCCUGCUCAGCAACCUUCGUUUCUGGGUCGAGGAGUACAAAUUCGAUGGCUUCCGCUUCGACGGUGUCACUAGCAUGAUGUAUCUGCACCACGGCAUCGGCACGGGGUUCUCUGGAGGCUAUCAUGAAUAUUUCGGGCCAGGUGUCGACGAGGAGGCCGUCGUCUAUCUUAUGCUGGCUAACGAUGCCAUGCACUCUCUCUUCCCCUCGAUCAUCACCAUCGCCGAAGAUGUGUCGGGCAUGCCGCUGCUCUGUAUCCCCGUCUCGAAGGGUGGUAUCGGCUUCGACUAUCGCCUCUCGAUGGCGGUGCCGGACAUGUGGAUCAAGCUGCUGAAGCAUAAGUCUGACGGCGAGUGGGAGAUGGGCAACAUCGUGCAUACACUCGUAAACAGGCGCCACCUCGAGAAGAGCGUCGCAUAUGCGGAGAGCCACGACCAGGCGCUCGUGGGUGACAAGACGCUGGCGUUCUGGCUGAUGGAUAAGGAGAUGUAUACGAACAUGUCGGAUUUGAGCGAGAUGACGCCGGUCAUUGCACGCGGGUUGGCUCUGCAUAAGAUGAUUCGGCUCCUCGUUCACUCUCUCGGUGGCGAGGGAUAUUUGAACUUUGAGGGUAACGAGUUCGGCCACCCCGAGUGGCUCGACUUUCCGCGUGAGGGGAACGGUAAUUCCUUCCACUACGCGCGGCGCCAGUGGAACGUGGUCGACGAACCGCUCCUCCGAUACAGAUACCUAAACGCGUUCGACGCCGCGAUGAAUCACCUCGAGGCGCGCUACGGCUGGCUCGCUGCGCCGCAGGCAUACGUCUCGCUCAAGCACGAGGGGGACAAGGUCAUCGUGUUCGAGCGCGCCGGUCUGCUCUUUGUGUUUAACUUCCACCCAACGGAGUCGUUCACGGACUAUCGCGUUGGUGUCGAGGAGCCUGGGGAGUACAGCGUCGCCCUCACGAGCGACGAGAAGAAGUUCGGCGGGUUUGAGAAUGUGGACCUUGGCUCGAAGUAUUUCACGACGCCGAUGGAAUGGAACGGGCGGAAGAAUUGGAUGCAGGUUUACAUCCCGAGCAGGACCUGCCUGGUUCUGGCAAAGAAUUGAUUGAAGCUGUGUCGUUAUGCCUUAUAUUGUGGACAUUAGUUAUGGAGCGAUACCUGGUUGUACGGUUGAGGCUGUCUUCGAUGAUGUCAGUUUGAAAUAGAUGUCAGGUCGGGGGGGAAUAAGUAUAGAAUCCAUGCGGC